AUGUCUACCCAAGAUGUUAUCGAAUCUAAUUUUGUCGAUGAUGUUGAUUAUGUUCAUUCAACACAUACACAAGAGGCACAAUCUCUAGGAAAUACAAGAGAUGAAAGUGAGAGUAAAAGUACUAAAAGAAAGAGAACAUCUCCUGCAUGGGAUCAUUUUACAUUGCAAAAAAUUGAUGGUAAACUGAAGGUAGUUUGUAACCAUUGUGGGAGGAAAUUAGGGGGAGAGAGUAGUAAUGGGACUAAACAUUUGUUUGCUCAUGUGAAAAGAUGCCCAGUAAUAAAGGAACAACUUGCCAUGAAUCCUAAUCCUAAUGCAAGUCCUUCAGUCACAACUUACAAUUUUGAUCCUGAACUAGGGAGAAAAAAGUUAGCUCAAAUGAUCAUUUUACAUGAAUACCCUUUAUCGAUGGUGGAGCAUAGUGGUUUUAUAGACUAUUCAAAUACUCUUUGCCCUAUGUUUAAAAUGUUGUCAAGGAAUACAAUUAGGUCUGAUAUUUUGAAAAUGUACAAAGUUGAGAAGGAAAAAUGUAGCCAAAUUUUGGAGAAUAAUAGAAGUAGAAUAGCUAUAACCAUUGAUAUGUGGACUGCCAAUCAUCAAAAGAUGGGAUAUAUGACUGUGACAGCUCAUUUCAUAGAUGACUCUUGA